UUACCUUGAACGAAAAACAGAAAUGGCCGACAAUCUGAGCAACUACACGAGUAUGUUUUAUCUAAUCAAUAAAAUUGUAUGUAAAAUUCAAUAUGACGCGGCCAUACUCACAAAUGAAUUGCUAAAAUCAUGUUUGAUUAUGUAUUAUUGUGAUAUAUACAUCCGUUUAUAGCUAGUUGCCAAUUUGUUAUCAUAGAGUACGGAGUGUGCUUAUUUUUUUUUUUUCAAUAAGUGCAAAUGUAACGAAAUGAUGUAAAAUUGUUUUUUUAGAAAAAUGAAAAAUAUAUCCCUGUGACCGUAAAGAGAUUAAUUAAAAUAUUUUACAUAUUUAUAGUCUGUGAUAUUGUAGAUUGGUAUAAUAAUAUAAUUAAAGGGAACAUUUAAUAUAGUUUUAUUUAUUAUAAAGUGAAUUCCUGUGAUAGUUUUUUUUUUUUAAAUCAUGUCAAAUAAAUUGAUCAAAGAAUGGUUUGUGGAGAUGCCAUGGGGGAAAGUGGCAAUGAUAUCAUGGGGCGAGAGCAGCAAGCCGCCGAUACUCAUGGUGCACGGCUACCUAGACACGGCGGCCACCUUCUCACGUCUGCUUGAGCUCUUGCCUGACACACAUUAUUAUGUUAGUUUUGACUUCCCUGGUCACGGCAAAUCCGACCACGUGUUACCGCCAGGGGGCCCGCUUGUGACGAUGACAUUCAUGACGGAGGUGGUAAGGCGAGUUGUGGACCACAUGGGAUGGGAAACCUUCACUUAUAUGGGACAUUCUAUGGCCUUUUUUGCUGGUAUUUUUUAUCACCACGCAUUCCCCGGGAGGAUCAAGCGCAUGAUAAACCUGGACCCCGAGCCGCCCACCGGCAACCAAUAUUAUUUGAACUAUGAUUAUAUUGAAUCAUGGUUCAUGUACCAUCAUCAGAGCUACUAUGACAAUUAUCACAAAAUGGAUGACAAACUGUACACAUACGAGGAAGCUAUCGCCGCCAUGAUGAACGCUCGGAGCCUCACCAGGGAGCAGACGGAGUUGUUACUGGCCAGGUGUUUAGUGCCGGCCAAUAAUGGACUCUAUAGGAUGACGUUUCAAUCGUGCAUGCGCCGGAUCACGGGCUCUGGCCUACCUGAGUACACUCUAAGUUGCGCAAUCGCGACCGACCCGCCCCCUGUGUUGAACAUAAACGCAACCACAAACACACAUAAUAAUCCAAUAACAGUGGAAUUCUCUAGAAACCUUAUGAAGAAAUUCUCCGAACCUUCGAAGGUACAUCGCACCGUGUAUGUGGAGGGGAAACACGACGUGCACAUCACUAAUCCUGAUAGACUAGUACCGUACAUAAUCGAAUUUUUAAAUCGAGACACAACAGCCAAAUCGAAAUUGUGACGAUAGUUUUUAGUCAAUGUAGAAAAUUCUGGGGAACUGUGUAUUUAUUUGCUGCCAACAUAUAAAAAAAAAAUAUUUCCACCUGACUUCAGGAACAGGAGAAGGCUCGCAAAUUGAUUUUUUUUUGUUUGUUACCUUAGGUCUGCUUUAUUAAAUGGGUCACCAUUUGGAAUUUUUUUUUUAUUAUUUGAAAGAAUAUACUUUCAGAUUGAACUCAUAGAAAUUUCAUUUAAGUCGUUUCAGUAGUUUGGUUUUAAGUCGAAAUAACUGGUUAUAUCACCAUUGAAUCUGGUGUUUUUUUAUAUAGAAUUAAAAUUAAAAAAUCUGUGAAAUGCUUAAUAUAAAAGAGCAAUAUAUUAAGACUCUAAAGAGAAAAAAAACAUAUUAAGAAAAAUUUUAAUCCAGUAAGAAAAAUAAUGCGACAACUUUUUUAACCAUCGAGAAUACUGUGUAUGGAGGGGCGGAGAGGGGUCAACAAAAUGUACAUAUCACUAAUCCGGAUGGAUUAAUGCCGCAUAUAAUCCAAUUUUUAAAUCAAAAUACUCCUAAGUCGACAUUGUGACGAUAGUUUUGUUAAUAUAGAAAAUUCGGUGAGA